CCUAUUUAGGACGUUUACAUGCAAAUGCAGGCUGUAGGGGUCUACAGGAUUGGAGGUCUCUGGACCAGAUGCUUGAGGGACAAGUGUGUCAAGCAGGAAGUCCUCCUGUUGAUACACAACAAUCCUUGUUUGCAGUGCACAUGCAAGCACAUGCUCACUGAGCCACACUACACAUCAUCAAAGUAGACAGCGACAGCUAUGCUCAGCUGUUCUGCAACAUAGUCUUCCAGGAAGCGCUGCUUCCGCUGUUCACCAGUAGGCUUGAAGGCCAGCUUCACUGACUUGUUGGCUGGCACGUCAAAGGCUUUCUUCAUGAAGCUCUCGAGCUCUGCCUUGGUUUUGUACUUGGUGAUGACCUUCUUCGGUAUGUAGGUAGAGUUCUUGUCGUUGUAGGACACCUGUAUGAUAGGUUCUUUCUUAUCCCAUAUUGCGUCCAGAAGGCCCCGCGCAAUGAGUCCGUACACAAGUGUCAAAGCUUUGAAAUCGAACUCUCUCCGUGGGAAAGUUGGUUUUCAAUGCGCUCUCUAGUUUGACACAGUUUGUCUUGUACUGAAACCUCGCAGCAGUCUGCUGCACCCGGAGACCAAUUG